AUGGAUAUGCGAAUCGACAGCGAGGUUACUGAAAAUCUGAACACCACACACUUUGGCAUAACUGCUGAUUUGAAAGAUUGCGUUUCUAAUACAGCAGCUACAGAUUCUAGCCUAGACAUGGUUACACAAACGUUUAUUGAAACAAGUGAUUUGGGUGAAAAUGAUGGUAAAGGUACACACAGUUUAACAACAACAACUUUUAUCUGUGACAAAGAUGGCACAUGUGCAAAUGCUGUAUCAGCAGCUUGUGAAACAAGUGUAUUCUGUGAAAAAGACGGCAUAGGUGCAAACGCUGUUUCAACAUUUCUUGAAACAAGUGUAAUCCAUGAAAGAGAUGCCACAGGUGCAAACGCUGUUCUUACAUUUCCUGAAACAAGUGUAAUCCAUGAAAAAGAUGGCACAGGGGCAACUGCUAUUCCAACAAUUCCUGAAACAAUUCCUGAAACAAGUGCAAUGUGUGUAAACAAUGGUACAGGAACAAAUACUAUUUCGACAAUUCCUAAAGUAGAUGUAAUCUGUGAAAAAGAUGGCAAAUGUUCAAAGACUGUUCAGACAAUUCCUGCAACAAGUGUAAUCUUUGAAAAAGAUGGUUCAGAUGCAAACACCGUUUCAACAGGUUAUUUCUGUGAAAAAUAUGGUGCAGCAGUAAACAAAGCACCAACAGUUACCGAAACAAGUAUUUUGAUCGAAAAUGAGUGUACAUGUUCAAAUGCUAUUUCAACAGUUACAGAAACAAGUUUUUUGGGUGAUGUUACAACUGAAUUCUUAGAUAUUUCAACAGGAUUUGUGGAUUCUGUGGAAACCAGACUGGACAAGGAUGAAAAUGAAAAUGAUAUUAAAGCUAAGCUUACUGGAAAAAACUCAAGAAAGAGUAUGGGUUCUUCUGAUAAUUUAGUUGCAGAGCAACCACCAGUUAAAAAAGGGUUUACACAGUUGGAUGCUAAUACUGACAACUUAAAUGUAAGGUUUGGAGACUUCAAAUUAUUGGAAAAAAUAGGGGAGGGUGGUUUUGGUGAGGUUUACAAAGGUGAAUAUUUGGGAACAGAUAUUGCAGUGAAGAAAGUUAAGAUAAAACGCAUGAAAGUUGUGAAACAGUCAGUGUUGCAAGAAGUUGUCACAAACAGUCAUCUUAGGCAUCCAAACAUUGUUCUACUGAUGGGUUACUCAAUCAAUACUGACUGUCUCUAUCUUCUCACAGAGUUCAUUGCAGGUCCAAAUUUGGAUGAUGUGCUUUUUGCUGACAAUGAGUACGAAUUUACUGUGCCUCAAAAACAUGCAGUGGCAUUGCAAGUAUGUCAGGGUGUAGCAUAUUUACAUAAUCAUAAUCCAAUAGUUAUUCACAGAGACAUUAAGCCUGAAAACAUUUUGCUGACGAGAAAUUUGGAAACGGCAAAACUUUGUGACAUGGGAUUGUCUAAGGUGAAGGUAAUGAAUACCAUGACCAAAACAGUUGCAGAUCGCAGAGAGACACAGCCAGGAACUCCAGCUUAUCAAGCUCCAGAGAUUCUUCUGCAAGCUAGGAGAGGCAGAACACAAGCAGAUGUUUGGAGCCUCUGUUGUUCAUUAGUUGAGCUCUUUACUGCCAAAACCAUAUGGGACUUGACCAGUGAGGAUGAUGAAAAUGACGACUCUGUCCAGGUUAUAAUCCGGGCAAUGCAAAGAAAGGAUAUGCCACAUGGGUUAAGUAAUUUAGACAGGGAGCAUACCCUUUCAGUGCAGCUGAAGGCUGUUAUUCAGAAGGGCUUAUCAUACCAGAUUGAGGACAGACCGACAGCAUUAGACUUUGUAGUUGCGCUAAAACAUGAACUUUAA